AAUAACAAGCAUGGGAGUGAUGAAACGUGGUAGUGUCGAGGUGUAAUAACAAAAUUAUCUGCUAAAUAUAAGCAAAAUAAUUAUCAAUCAGAUCACAUACUGUUCCCAGAGGCACAACAAUUGUUUUAAUAUUAGUAGAAAAUGGCAAAAGUUAUGAAGUAAAUUACGUCGUAGGCGUGUCAAUCACAACAGCUGCUGUGAAAUCAGAUUGAGAUAGAACCAGUUCACCAGACAGUUCAUAAACAAAACAAAAUGAUGACUUCUUAGCAUUUUCUAAACAGAUUAAAUUAUGAAAUAAAUUAAAAAUUGAUGUACAUUUAUCGUAAAAAUGGAUGAGUUGGCAUUACAGGGGUUAGGACCAAACGCUGACAAUGGAUCUCGGGAUCGAGCCAUGCAGUAUUUUGAACAGCUGAAAUCGUGUGAGAAUGGAUGGAAACUUUGUGCUCAGGCUUUCACAAGUGGAACAUAUCAUAGCAAUGAUCAUGUGAAGUUUUUUUGUCUACAAGUUGUUGAGAAUUAUUUAAAGAAGAAUUACCUAUUGGGAUCAAAAGAUGAUCAUGAUAUUGUUAAAUCAUUUGUUGUUGCUCUUUUACAAAUAGAGGGAAAUGGUGCGUCACAGAAUAAAAACUUUAUUCGAAAUAAAGUAGCACAGGUUGUCUCCCUUGUUUAUGUCGUUGAUUACCCUCAUCGAUGGCCGACUUUCUUCUCUGACAUUCUAGACACAUUGCGUAUCGGUCCCAUGGCUGUUGAUAUGUAUCUGCGAAUUCUAUUGGCUAUUGAUAGUGAGGUUGUUGACAGAGAAAUAAUUCAUAAUCAAGAGGAAACUCAGAGGAAUACAUUAAUAAAAGAUGCUAUGAGAGAUCAGUAUGUUGUACAGUUAGCAGAAUCUUGGUUUAUGAUUAUGACAGGUUAUGAGACAUCACAUCCAGAAAUAACAUGUCAGUGUCUAGAGGUUGUUGGUAAAUAUGUGUCAUGGAUUGACAUUAAUCUGGUUGCUAACGACAGAUUCGUCACAGCUCUCCUACGAUUUCUCAACAAUAAUCUGUUACGAGAAAGCGCCUGUGAUUGUAUAUAUGAAAUAAUAUCUAAAGGCAUGGAUCCUGUCGCUAAAACUAAAUUAAUCGAAUCCUUUGUUUCUUUAUUGGAAAGCCAGGGUGUCUUCAAUCCUUCUGAGGAUGAAGAAGGGGAUUAUUUAUCUAAAUUAUCUAAACUCGUUAAUGGUAUAGGUGUUAGUCUCAUACUAGCAUGGCAGAAGCUGGUAAAAAGUAACGACCAAGAAAAUACACAAAUAACUCUUCGGGCAUUAGAACACAAAAUACCCUUUAUGUUACGUUUCCUUGGUGAUGAGGAUGAUGAUGUUUCUGGAGCAGUGACAGGGUUUGCUCAGGACUACAUUGCUCUGUUAAAACAAGUAGUACCUCUUACUCCUAGUCAGAGAGAAAAUGUAGAAGGUUUACUGUAUACAAUUAUAUCUAAGAUGAAAUUUGAUGAAUCUUAUAAUUUUGAACAGGAGGGGGAGGAUGAAGCUAUGUUUCUAGAAUACAGAAAACAAUUAAAAGUUAUCUUUAAUAAUUUGGCAUUACUGGAUACUGACCUAUUAAUAGGAACAGUUUUAAAUGUAGUAACAAGAACCCUACCUGUCUGGGAAUCAACAGAUUUUCGUGAUGUAGAGAUAGCUGUGUAUUUAAUGUAUAUAUUAGGUGAAGCAGUACCUUCAUGUGAUAUUUUUCAGGCGUCACACGGUCAACAUUUUAGUGGAAAUCCUACGAAAGUUUCAGCGUUGCAGGAAAUGAUGAGAUUGUUAAUUAAAAGUCGUGUUAGUUGUCAAGGUCAUACAAGUGUGUUGUUACAGUUCUUCGAAACGGUUGUACGAUAUGAUAAAUUCUUUCAGUGUGAACCAGAACAUAUCCCAGAAGUCUUAAUGGCAUUUCUAGAUGAGCGUGGAUUCCGAAACAGAUCAGCUAAAGUUAGAAGCCGGACAUCAUAUCUAUUUUCAAGAUUUGUCAAGGGUUUAAAACAACAUAUGAAUUCAUAUCUGGAAGAUGUGUUAAAGAGAAUCCAGGAUUUAUUGGCGUUAAAUACACCAGAUAAUGGUUAUCAACAUCUGCUAUCAGACGAUGAUCAGCUAUUUAUAUAUGAAACUGCUGGGGUUCUUGUAGUAGCCAGUGAUUUUCCUCCAGAGAAAAAACAAGAAUUAAUGAAAAAUUUAUUGGCACCUAUAGCCAGUAAGUUUGAAGGUUUAUUAACCAAGUUAUAUCAAGAGAAUGAUGAAGAUAAACAGUUGGCCUACGCUAAAUGUGUAAAUAAUGCAAUGGCUUUAGCAAGUCGUACAAGUAAAGGAUUUUCUAGUCAACAGACAAUGAAACAGUGUGGAUGUAUUGAAGCAUUUACAGAACUACUUAAAAUAUUCCUACAUGCCUUAAAUACCCCCGUUCAUCGACAGUUAUUACAUGUGGGUGUACGUCAGUAUAUGCAUAGAAUGGUGGUUUGUCUAGGUGAAGAGAUUCUACCAUUUGUCCCAAUAGCUUUAGAAAAUUUGUUAAAACAGCCAGAAACGAAAGAAUUAUAUGAUUUUAUUCCCCUAAUUAAUCAACUUAUUAUGAAGUUUAAGACGGACAUAACCCCGUUUUUAAACAGUUUAUUUAUGCCCCUUGUAAGUACAAUAUUCCAAGUUAUCUCAACUCCUUCUGAUGAACGUGAUCAGAUAGCAGCCAAUGAGAAGAAGAUGUUAGAACGAGGCUACUUUCAGUUUCUAUCUACGAUUGUAUCAUAUCAAGUAUUUGAUGUAUUAAAGGCACAAGCUGGUCAGAACUUGGAUCAGGUUUUGAUGUCGUUAAUCCAAGGUGCGGUGGAACUUCAAGAUCCACAGAGUCAGAAAAUGUGUUUUAAUAUAUUCAGAAAAUUGAUAGAAGUUUGGGGUGGUAAUGAUGGUAUAUUGGGUUUUGCUGAUUUUAUGUAUAAUAAUAUUAUACCAGCCUGUUUCCUUGCACCAUUAAAACCAACCUUUGAUCUUACAGACGGUCAGACAACAUUAGCUUUAGGUGAAAGUGCUCUCUGUUUAAAAAGUAUUGUUGAUAAAAGGGGAGAAGAAGUGAUAAUCUAUCUGCAAUCAGAUUAUUUACCAAAACUUAAUCUGCCUCCAGAAUUAAUUCAGGAAUUUUGUCAUGCUUUACGCACAGACAGUAAAACAUUUAGAAAUUACCACAAAAUAUUUUUUACAAAGGCGAAGUCAUGACAGAAUAGAAUAUGGAUGUAAAUAAUGUAUAUAGUUUAUAUAUGUAUAAACAAUUAAUUGAUUGUUUUAAUAAUUCUUGUUAUAUUAAAGAAUCUGCCUGGAAGAAAAAGGGCAUUAAAUCUAUUAUUCAAAAAUAUAGGCAUACAAAAAAACAAAUUUCUAUGGAAGCAUGACAAUCCUUUUCCUGGAAUGAAUUAAAAGUAAUUUUUCUGAAAACAUAGUCUCGGUCACCCAGAACCUCCUAGUCUUCAACAUACCGAGUGUCUGGGAAGGUUGUCAAUAUUUGACGUAAAGUCCAUUGCCCAUGCGUAACCGGGAGUUUGGUUUUUAAUGUGGUUGAUUAUCCAGUCUCUUUAGCCAAGUCUAGUAAGAGUUGCGCCCCUUCCCACAAUAAAUCCCAUAAUUCUUGCAUUAAUAUAAACAAACAUGAAUCGUGACGACGAAUUAGGAUUAAUUUUAAAAGCAUAGAUAUGGCCCAUGAAGAGAGAAAUUUUACAAUAAAAAAUUAAAAGUGUUAGAUAUUGAACUCGCAUGCAAUCAAAUGGAUUUUUUGAAAUGACAUUCUUAAAUUAAUUUCAUGGGCGUACAUGUCUUGUUUUAAGAGGAGUUACCUCCCUUAGACAUUGUUUAUGAUAAUGUGAAAGACAGGAUUAUCUAGCCAAUUUUUCUCAAAUGUUGACAACCUGUCCAGACUAAUAUUCGUAGAAUAUUUUUCUGGAUGAUAGAGACUACUGAAAACAGGUUCAUUUUGUAUGCCUAUAAUAAAUAUGGUAAAACCCAAUAGCGCUGUUAAUAUAUUCAAUAUAUAUAUAUUGCUAUAUUUAUUUAUUGUUGAUAAAAUUUGUUUAUAAAAUGUUAUGUUAAAAAAUUUGAUUGUUUACUAUUAUACAAAAUGAUUGGCCACAGUUUGUUGUUAAAAAUUUUCAAAAAUGAAAUGAGAAUAAAUUGUAUUUUAUUAGAAUUAUAUUUCACACAUUAAUUAAUUUGUGAAUAAUUUGCAUGAAACCAUCCAGAAGGAUAAUUAUUGCUAUGAACAAAGGAUAUUUGAAUAGGUAUAUUGUCCCAGUGAAUCUGGGACUCUUAUUACCACCAGGCUCUGCUGCAUAUACUAUAGAAUUUUAUAAUUGAACAAAUGUGUUUUCAAGUCAGUUUGUCAGAGGACAGGAAAUCUUGAACUGCCAAGGUCACCUUUAUUUUAUUAAGUGAACCGAUAAAAAAAAAGAGAUUAUAUUUGUGGAAAAAUAGGUUGUGAUGAUAAAUUCUUGAUCUUGUUAUAAGUAUUGUAAUGUAGGAGGAAGAUUCUGCUGUUCCUUUUAAAUCACCGGUUUCCACUUGUUUGGUAUCUAAAAAGUUACUUCACUAACACUUUUUAUCAUACAUAGAAUGCUCCACAAGUGUUUUAUAGAUAAACUGUUUAUGUCUUUUAUUGUCUAUUAGUAAAAGUUGUUGGCUUGUAUUGUGUCACAUUUCCCUCCAUGAGCUUAGCAUUUUUGUCAUUUACUCUAAAUAAAAUAAUUCAAAUAUUUCAUAAAUUUAUUAAAAAUCAAAUUUUUAUUGUAGGUCAAAAUGUAAAUGAGUAUGGAUCAGUUCAAUAAAAUAAUAUUAAACUUAGAUAAAUCAAAUUUUACAAGUCACAUCUGUAUUUUUUUAAGAUAUAAAAAUAUUAUUAUGUUACUAAAAGUGUGGCAUUCUUACCGGUAAUAUUGUAAAAUACAAAUUAAUUUAUUUAAAGCAUGCUGUAUUAUAGGUUAAUAUGCAUUUAAUCAGGGCAUUGUAAAUACUUAGAUAUAUUCUAUAUAAAGAUAAUCUCAUUUGUAACCAGACCCAUUUUUAUUGGUUUCUUGGCCAUUUUGUUUAUGGUGAUUUGAAUAGUCAAAACAAGGUUAGUAAUUAUCAGUUACUACUAGUCAUCUGGCUGUAGACCUGACAAUUGAUGUUAGUAGGCAGUCAGGUUUCAUGUAUUUUCUGUAUUUCUCAUUUUAAAUCAAAGUAAGUUGUGUGCUUCACAAAUUAAGGGAUUUUUAACUAAGAGUCAUUCAUAAAUUUGUGUCAAAUUUCAGGAAUACUGCUUUUAUGUCUUAUAUGAAUAAUAGUAAGAUUAGAAAACAGCGCUAUUGGGAAGAGAAAAUCAUUGUUUGUUAUAUUGAUGAGUUUGUGGCUUAAAAAGUUGUUACACAAGAACCUCACUAUAAUUCUGAUAUUUGGGUUCCAGCGACUACACUUGGAUUGAUUAAAACGCAGAUCCUAUUUCGUUUCGUUGUUUAAAAUUUAGUUUUACUACACUAGGAUCUGAAAGACUUAUGUAACCCACGUUCUUGUUGAUGUGAGGGAUUAGCCAAUCAAAUGGUCUGUUGUGGCGUGGCAAGUUCUUGGCAUGCGGUGCAAAACAAAAGUUGUAUUUCCAAAUACCCACUUGAAACAUCAAUACUUGUUGGUUAAUCAAAUGUCUGACGUCAUAGGGUCAAAAGCCGCUCAUAUCACCCCUAAUGCGACCUCAACUUUCAGAUCUUCAUUUAGUGGACAUUGAAUGAAAGUAUAAAAAAACGAAACAUAGACUAUAUUUUAAUCAGAUUGAGGAAUUGUCUACAGUAUUUAUAGGGUACAAAUUUAAUUGAACAGGGUUAUAAUGAGGUAAUCUUGUAGUUCUAAAGACAUUUUAUUAUAUAUAAUCGAUCUCUACUUCAUGGCAUUUAAGUAGAAUGUCUUUAUAACCCAUGGAAUAAAUGUUAAAAGUAAAAAUGCUUUGCAAUAAAAUUCUUUACAAAC